CAGUGUGUGCCUGUGCGGCGGACGAAGCGGUGAACAACGGAGCAUCGUGCGUGACGUCAGAACACGACCGCGUCGAUGUGUUGGGCGCGAAAACUUUAGCUACUUAUCAGUUUACUAAUUAUUGGCUGUGUUUAGAGUUGUUAUUUAGUUGUUUUGUUGUUCCGGCGAAAAAAAUCGUGUUCGUAAUUAUAUACGCGUGUUAUCUAUGUAAACUUCUUGACGUUUGUUUGAUUUGAUGUGAGGCGUCCGAGUGUUUGAAUAAUCAUACACAACAUAUCAGCAAUUGGUCGGAGGCCGUGCGGUGAGGAAGUGACGUCACAGGAUGCGCGCUUUACAAUGAGGACAGCAGCGGCAUGCUGGACCGCCGCAGCCGCCAUCUUGCUUUCCACCAUCUUGACAGGGGAGCACGCGAUGUGCCUGGAACUGCUCUUGCCCGACAACCACACGGCACUGACGGGAGACCUGGAGGUGCAACUGAUCGGGCCCCGACCUGAGCACGGCCGUCUGCAGCUGCUGCGCGCCACAGCUGCGCAGAGCUUCGCAGCCGUUGCGGCUGUUUCCGUGGCCAACAGCACCACGGCGGUGAGGUUCCCGUGCGGUGUCGUGACGCUGGGUGGGCGCUACCGCGUCGUGCUGCUCUCUGCCGAGCCGCAGGAAGAAGCUGCCCAGGAGAUGGACGUGCGGUGGCCUGCCGCGCGCCUCGCCCUCCAGCCGCAACAUGCCCAGACCUACCCGGAAGUUCCGGUCACGGCCUCCCUGGAGUUCCCGCCCACAACCUGCUUCGCAGCAGCAGGGGCUGUCAUCCCGGAGUUGUGGCUAGAGCUGUUGUAUUGCGGACACUCGCCGGCAGGCUGCGCUGACGGCAACGCCACCAACACACAGGUGAUAUUCUCGCAGCAGGUGCUCGGGUACCCGAGGCGCCGCGACCUCGUCCUCAAGUGCGAGCUGUUCGGGCUCGCGGGCCACUAUGUGCUGACCCUGCGCUCUAAGCUGUACACAUCGGUUCCGGUCAUAGAGAGUGAGCCAGCUCACAUCAAGGUGGCAGUGAGCGACAGGUUCGUGUUCAACGUGCAUGCGCGGAGCAUCUUGCCUUGCGACUCUCUGGACGGGGGCGUGGCUGUGCUGUUCCAGUAUCCUGCAUGUGAGCCACGCGUGGAUCGCGUGCGACUGUUUGCCAAGCUGCGGGCCGACGUUGCGUCCCUGGCGCCCCCCACGUCACUGCACUACGUAGCGGAGCAGCGUGUUCCCCCCGGGGCCCACAGCCUCCGGUUCGACUGCGACUACUUCUCGGAGCGCUACAUCGAGUACUGCUUCGUAUACGUGAACCAGGCUGUAACGGGCGCCGUGACGGACGUGCGGAUGGAUUGUGUGCCCACCAUGCCCGUGCAAGAGUCAGACACUGGGGGAUGGGGUGCCUGGAGCCCCUGGACACACUGCACUUCUUCUUGUGGGGGCGGCACACGAAGCAGGUUCCGAUUGUGCGACUCGCCGGCUCCCAGGUACGGCGCCAGGUUCUGUGAGGGACCAUCCCUACAGUCAGAAUCCUGCAGAGAUGGAACUGAGUCCUGGGGCUGUCUCCUCUCACCCUCAUCUUCAUUGCCUGUUGACCAUCCGGGAGUCGUGGCCGAGGUGGGCCCAGGAUGCCGCUGUGGCUGUGUUGUCCAUCUCAGUGUUGCCAAGCCAAGACGCAUUCUUGCCACAUCAACAGCCAGCUGUCCUGGCAGGACGUUCUGGCUUAUUCAGGCAGAUGCAGGAUCAGUGAUCCGGCUGACCGUUGUGCAUUUGCGGCUGCCAUGUGGAAGGCAGUGGCUCAAGGUGCGGGAUGGUGACUCCCUGGCAGCCACCCUGGUGGCUUAUCUGUCGGGGCGUGUGACGUCCCAUGCCUUCACGUCCACUUCCAACUACUUGCUCCUUGAUUUCUUCUCAGAUGACGUGGUCCCUGCCUGUCUUGGCAGCUUCCUUGCACUUGCUGAGCAGACAGCCCCUCUGCCCAGGAACAUGACCUUGUCCCUGGAAGAAGUGGCUGUGCUCUCUGCAAACAGUCCCGCGCUGUCCAUGGUGCACUUACUGGCUGCAGUUUUCGUGGCAGUUGUGCUGUUGGUGUCAGCACUGCUGGCUGCUCAGUCACUGUUCCGGUACCAGAAGUAUCAGCUGGCGAUGUCGCGGGACAGCGAACUUGGUUCUGCCCCAUCAUGCUCCACUCUUCUGAGUGAGGUCAUCAGCAUCAAGAGGCUGCGGCCAGGUUGUGCCACCGUUCACACCAGGCUUUGUGAUGAGGAAGAACGGGAUGAGGGUCUCGACUCGGAGCCGGAGUAUGAGGUGGUAGGAGACAGUAGUACCACAGCUCACCACCAGGAGCAACAGUUGACUGUAGAUCAGCCAUCAGAUGUAGGACCACCAUUGGCCUCGCUGCCCUGCACCCCCCGAGAUUCCCCUGCCCCCCUGCGCCGAUCCACAACCUUCUCCCCUGACAAGGCGACCCAGAAGGCACCAACACCAACACGAACACCACAAGAACCCCAGAGUCACAGCGUGGUGAGAGAGGAUGUGAGGAGCCAACGCCAGCAUCUCGGUGCGACUCCCAGCAGCGCAGUUUCAUGGAGCAGUGUUGCCACCCUGAGCAAUGGAUGGGGCUCACCAAACAGCCGACAGAAGAACAGCGCGAAGGAGCGGAAGGAGAAGUGCAACUUGGAGCGACUGCUGGCCAGUGGAUGCUCAGAGCUUAGUCUGGCUGCAGGGGACACAGACCUUGAGCUGGACUACUAUGACUACAAUGUUAGCAACGCAGGGGCCGUGCCUGGCUCCUUCCUGGGCAUGGACCCACAGUACCUUGUCUGGAUCCCACCUUUUGCUCCUGGCCGAUGGGAGGUGGACGGCGAGCUACUUGAGAUGGGUGCUAGGUCACAGCACCAGUCAGGUAGUGACAGUGAUGAGCUAACAGAAUUCAUACCCAAAGCACAGAAUGGACAUCAGUCUGAUAGGUGGCAGCACCAACCAGUGAGUGACAUGGAUGAUGUCACUGAAUUUAUUCCCAAAGUUCAGCAGAAAGUAAACAACAGAUACACAAAGCCAGUAACCAGACUGCAGCACCAAAAAAGUGAAACAGAGGGAACUAUGGAAUUUAUCCCUUUAAUAUGUAGAGGGCAGGACAGUGGCAGGAAGGAGAAGCUGCGGAACAACCGUUAUUCUGAAAAAGAUGUCGGCUUGACUGCCAGAUCACAACACCGACCAGAAGAAAAGGAAACACAAGUGGAGAAGUCUCCGUACGAAGAUGACAUAAAGUUUGUGGAUGAUGAAGAUGAUGAUGAGGACGAGAAACAGGAAAGAGGCAGUAUUAUCUUGACAGACAACAAGCAGCGGCACAGCAUGAAGAAUAAAUAACUCUCUGUGGACAACCAGGACAUUAAUAUCAUAAUAGUUCAGAUAGAAAUCAGCAGUAACCACAUACCAGAGGAACACAGCAUAGAAGAUAUUCUUGAAUAAAUGUCACAGGACUAUGCUAUAAGUACAACAUGCCCCUGUAAGACAGAAGGGGUAUGUUCUUUAAAAUGUGUCCAUAUUGUAAAAUUCCAUAAUGCAAACCAUAUUUUUCCAUAAACUUUCAUGUUAUAAGAGCAGAAAAUGGUUUGAUCCAUGGUUGAGAGAAAAGAAUGCAUUUUUUUCUCAUCAAAAGGAACAGUAAGUACACUUUUAGUGCUCUUUCAGAUGCACUUGAACCUGAUGGCCUCUUUUCAGACAUCUUGAAUAAGAGCAAUACACUGCACAGUCUAAUGUAAGAAGGGAAUAGCAACCAUGCUACCAGCAUUGUCUGUGGAUGCACUUGUGUGAUCUGAAUUUCUUAGCAAAUGGUAAAAUUUAUUAUUGUUUAGCAUUUUGUGUUAAAAAAAUGUAAAUUUAUCCUGCUUUUGGCCUGUUAUCAUGAAUUUUAUGGUAAUUUUUAGAGUUUAUGUAAGGGAAAAAUUCUAUAACCUGAAUGUCCACAGUGCAGACACACACUAUAAUUACAAGGAGCUGAUAUAAAAUUAGAAUUCAAAAACGCUCAUUGGAUUUAGUGUCAUCAGAUUGCAAAUGUUAUGUAUUAUGCCAUGAUAGUGGACCAGAUUACCAAGCA